AUGCCGAUGUUGCCCGAGGCUGAGUCUCUGCGGCUCUGCGGGAACUGCAAAAAGCAUAUUCCUGCAGUUAACUUCAUCAUCCAUGAGAUCCACUGUAGGAGAAACAUUGAAAUAUGUCCUUACUGCCGUGACUGCAUCCCAAAGUCUGAGAUGAAGAACCACAUCAAGGCUGAACAUGUGGAGGUUACCUGCAAGUGCAGGAUGAAGAUUGAAAAGAGCCUCCUGAAGGAUCAUGAGGUGUCAGCCUGUCCCCUGCGCCCCGUGCUCUGCCGUUUCUGUGACCUCCAGUUGGCAUUCAACAAGCUGCAGGAGCACGAGGAGUACUGCGGGGCCAGGACCGAGCCCUGCGGCGUCUGCGGCCACCGCGUCCUGCUCAGGGAGCUCAGGGAGCAUCCCCGAGUCUGUGGCAAGGGGCUGAAACAGGCAGGAGGAAGCAGAAUCGCUCCUGGAUUUGGGGAUGAUGAGGCUGGAGAUCUGCACAGCCUGCAAGGGGUUAGGAAGCAGCUGAGAUCAGGUACCUGUGCUGGGCCUUGGGCAGGAGCCCCAGGGG